AUGGAGGCCCACAAUGCGUCGCCCGUCAACUUCACCCUGCCGCCCAACUUUGACAAGCGCCCCACCGACCUGGCGCUCAGCAUCAUCCUGGUGCUCAUGCUGCUCAUCAUCAUGCUCUCGCUGGGCUGCACCGUGGAAUUCAGCAAGAUCAAGGCUCACCUCUGGAAGCCUAAAGGGCUGGCCAUCACCCUGGUGGCACCGUAUGGCAUCAUGCCCCUCACUGCCUUUGCACUGGGCAAGAUCUUCCGGUUGACCAACAUCAAGGCACUGGCCAUCCUGGUCUGUGGCUGCUCACCUGGGGGGAACCUGUCCAAUGUCUUCAGUCUGGCCAUGGAGGGAGACAUGAACCUCAGGUCUUUCAUAUUUCCUUCCACCUCCAAUCCCCACCUCUCUAUUCCUCCCUAUUCCCCACCCUUUUAUUGCUUUUUCUUCUUGUCUCAUGCCAUGGAAGGGAUGCUAAUCACUGCCACGUUCAGUGGGGCCAUCAUCACCCUUUCUGCCAUCAAUGUGGGCAAGAGCAUCAUGUUUGCCAUGACACCAACCUUGCUGGCCACCUCCUUCCUGAUGCCCCUUAGUGGCUUCCUGCUGGGCUACCUUCUCUCUGCUCUCUUCUGCCUCAAUGGACGGUGCAGACGCACCAUCAGCAUGGAGACCGGAUGCCAAAAUAUUCAACUCUGUGCCACCCUCCUCAAUGUGACCUUUCCCCCUUAAAUCAUUGGACCACUUUUCUUUUUUCCUCUCCUCCUCACGAUUUUCCAGCUUGGAGAAGGGCUUCUCCUCAUUGCCAUCUUUUGUUGCCAUGAGAAAAUCAAGACUCCCAAGGAGAAAACAAAGAUGUACACAGCUACCAAAACUGAAGAACUCAGGAGCUCUGAGAAAAACGGCACCCACAAAAAAGAGUGCUCCCCUUGCACAUGCUACUCCUCCUCCUCCUAA